CUACCAUUUCCUGUUGGGAUAUACGCCAUAUUAUCGUGAACGACAACUUGGAAUAUAAGUCUGCUGCGGCGUUCCAUUUUUCGAAGAGCUGCAUUUGAGAUAUAUCAGCGAUGAGUGACAUCGAGAGGAGCGGUAGUCGCAGCGCAAGUCCACGAAGACCACGAACCGCGGACGGCGGCCUAAGAGAUUCGCGAUCGCAUUCGAGAUCGCGUAAAUCGCGCGAGCGUAAAGAUUCGCACAGAGAGGUUAAGUACUCGAGAUCGCGUAGUCGUUCGGUGUCUCGUGGGCGAAAAUCAUAUCGUGGCAGCAAGUAUACGAGCGUCGGUCACCGCGGUAGUAGCCGCAGCCGUAGUCGUUCCCCAUAUCGUAGCGGUCGUUACUCUCGUAGUAGAUCCCGUUCAUACUCGCGAUCCCGAUAUUCUCGCGACCGGCACGUGUAUCGGUCUCACUCGCGCAGCCCGAUGUCGUCCAGACGCCGACAUGUUGGCAAUCGCGACAAUCCUUGCCCCUCCAGAUGUCUAGGUGUGUUCGGAUUGUCAAUUUUUACAACGGAGCAGCAGAUACAUCACAUAUUCUCCAAAUAUGGUCCUGUGGAACGUGUGCAGGUUGUUAUUGAUGCUAAGACUGGAAGAUCUCGAGGAUUUUGCUUUGUGUAUUUCGAAUCAUCGGAGGAUGCCAAAGUGGCUAAAGAGCAAUGUACUGGCAUGGACAUCGAUGGAAGGCGAAUAAGGGUAGAUUUUUCGAUUACGCAACGUGCUCACACACCCACUCCAGGAAUAUACAUGGGAAAGCCUACGCAUUUGCAUGAUAGAGGUUGGGACGGACCGAGACGUAGGGAGAUCAGCUAUAGAGGAAGCUAUCGCCGCACGCCCAGUCCGUACUACAGCCGUCGACGUUCACGCUACGAUCGUUCUAGAUCACGCUCUUACUCUCCACGUCGGUAUUAAGUGACACGAGUGUGAUGCGAGAGGCCAGGUGUUUUGGGAGAACCAUUGACUUUGACCCGAGAAUAUUUCUUCUAACAACGGGUCAAAAAAAGAUCCAUUACAUUAUAUUACUAUUCUUACCUUACCUAAUUCUGCAUCAUAUGCGAUUUAAUUAUAUACUGCAUUUAAGUUGCAACAUUGUAUGAUAUUAAUUCAUAAUUUUAACAAAAUGCGGAAUAGAGUGUACAGUAGAGCAUACUGCUUGCACGAAACCAGUAAGGUUAGAAUAGGACAAAAACCUUAUUUUCAUAAGUUUAUAUCGCUUCCUACUAGUAUUAUGAAGAUAAGGUUUAAAUUUUAUGUAAAAUUAUCAUGGCUAUAAUGUGAAAGCUGGAAUAUAAUUGAGUGCUCGGUAUUUUCUUGAUUGCUAGCUUACAGUUGUAUUCCAGCCGUUGGGCAAAAUCUGAAAGAUAUGGAUAUUCUUUCUAAAAAGACGAGAAAAAAUAAAUGAAUUAAAAAAGCAAGAAAACGAAAAAAAAAAGAAGAUACCAAAAAAAAAAGAAAAAAAAUAAUAAUAAUGAACCUCGAGUAAAAGUAAGUUCUCUAACCUGUUUGUUUGUUUAUAAGGUUUUGAAUCAAGAGGUAUUGGAUGAUUGAGGGAAGUUUGAAGUUUCACUCUCUGAAAAAAUGAGUUUUGAAAAGUUGAAGACAAGAUAUCCGAAGACACGUUUAUCUUGCUCACAUUAUCAAGAAUCCGAAGGUUUUCUCGGUUGCUUGUGACAAAGAAUAUGAUCUGCAAUUCAUUUCCGGCUGAGAAGUCUCAAGCCUAGAAGAGAACUUCAAGUAAUGCAAGCCCGAAGACAGUCAGAAUCGAGUUGAUCGUCAGACCCCCGACCGGGACGAGUCGUUUAGUUGGGGGUGAAACAGGGCGGAACGUGUUUACGAAAAUGUUCAAGAAGCAUCGAAAUCUUUCGUAAAAUAGGGACGAGCGUAAGGUGCUCCCAAACCUUUAUACCGAUCAUAUUCUUUAUCAGUUGGUUUGGUUGCCAUAUGCCACCAUUCGCUUUAGAGAGAUGCAUAUAUAUAUAUAUUUAUAUAUAUAUAUAAUACAUAUAUAUAUACACACAUAUACGAAAAUAAAUAAAAAUUCUUAUACCUUUACACCAUCCUCUCCCUCCACCAUCCUGAGACCUCUGUUUUCUCCAACAAAACUGUUCUGUUAUGAUUUUAUUUACCUAACAGCAAUUAUUCGGAACUUUCAGAAUAUUUCAUUAAUAAAUGUUGUUUCUACCAUGAAUGCCUAAUCCCCUUUUUAUUACAUUGCAAAGUUCUACUUUGUCACUUAAGAUGCUUUUUUCGUACUUGCGAUUAAACUAACACUGCUUUAAUCUUUCAAUAGCCUUUAGUCUGCGCAUUAUUAUUAUUAUCCUUACAAGCAUUUUAAUCUUGUAGAAGUAUGAUAUAAAAGUAAGGUAUGAUACAUAAUAGAGUUAUCCGUUUAUUAAGACUUGAUUUGAGAAAUCUAAUGCCAAUAAAAGUCAGCUUCCAGUAAGAAA